UCGAUUCUAGCGCGUGAAAGUAACCGUCGGCUUCGCGUGAGCGUUCUACCAGCAACUGCUUUUUCGUUUAAAAUAAUCUAUUAUUAUUUAUAACAAUUGACAUGGAAUCAGCAAUUGGGCAUCUUGAACAAAGUGUUCAAAAGGCGGACGGAAAAUUAGAUAUGAUUGCUUGGCAAAUUGACGCUUUUGAAAAAGAAUUUGAAGAUCCAGAGAAUGAGAUUUCUGUGAUUCGUCUGUUACGGUCUGUUCAUCAAGUUACAAAAGAUUAUCAAACUCUUCGUGAAGAAAUAUUGGAGGUUCAACAAUUACAAAAGCAACUUUCAGAAUCUCUCAAAGCGCAAUUAAUUCAGGUGCAUGGUCAUUUUAAUUUGCUGCGUAAUAAAAUAGUAGGACAGAACAAAAAUCCACAGUUAAAAUAAAACCAGAAUGCUUCAUAAUUUUUUUUAUGUAUCAUUAAUUUAUUUUUGUAGUUCUUAAAAUAUUUUGCAAUCAGUAAUGAUUUGCA